CUCCAUCCCAUUUCACCAACUUGGUCAAUUGUCACCAUGAAUCCCAACAACCGCCAUGAGUUCCUAUACUCCAGUCACCCUCCACAAAUUGCUUCCCAGAAGCUCAAGCGAACCAGUGGCGUUUCCUUUGCCCUCCCUACAACCAGUACCCAAUCAUUGCCCUCUAAUAUCCCACACAAGCCUCUGAAAUAUACCUUUUAUCGACAGGUACUGACAACACGAGCUGCAAUCACCUGGACGAGGCUUCCAGCUACAAUCUUGCACCGAGUUCUUGAAUGGCUCAAAAUCUCUCAUCUCGACCACGAAAGUCGAUCUUGCUCUACCUGCUAUAUGAGGGAUCUUUCUGCUGUGCAAAGGUCUUGCAAGGCCUGGCACUCUGUGGCUCAACGCAUACUAUACUCCGACAUUCAACUCGUCGGACCGGACGAUGAUUCAAUGCUCCGCAGAUGGAAUCUUCCCAGGGCUGCAAGACUGGCACGCUUACGCUCAACUCUACGCGCGGAUUCCCUCAUUGCCACUUUGGUCACGUCCAUCCAUGUUUCUGAUCCUCAUAUCCCCCUCUAUACCUCAGGCGGAGAUCCAAAUCCCGACUAUGAUUCAUUUUUGUGUGUUCUGGCUUCAGUCGUCAUGGAGUGUCCCAACCUCGAGGCCCUCACUGGGUUUUACCCGUUCUACAACCAUACCUUUGAUCGCCUGACUCAGGCCCUGUCCACGAGGUCCAAGCUUAAACAACAUGUUUGGGUGAUUGCAGAAAACGACGACGUUACAGCUCGAAGCCAGACCCAGCUUCCUCCUGGUCUCCUGGAUCACUACCAGGUCGACCAGUUUCUGCACUAUCAUGAUCGUUGGACAAACUUAGAGACGCUGAUGCUCUGUUCUCCUGCAAGUCUUGGGGUCGUCGAGCACCAGGUUCUAAUCGAUGUCCUGCACUGCUUGCCGUCGUUGGCUCAUCUGGGUCUUUGCUCUUUGGAUGGCGAUGACUUUCAUGAUGCAACUCUCCUAUCACUUCCGGCACUGAAAUCUUUACGUCUUGAAGAAUGCACUGGUGUCACAGAGGCGGGUCUCACUCGGUGGGCUGCGAGUCCUCGAGCCUUCCAUUUGGAACGGCUAAGUCUGAUGUAUCAACAGAUUGAAAAUCUACUCAGCUUGUCCAAACUUUUGGCCAGUUUAGAAUGCCUCACAAAACUGACGAUAGUGCAGCCUGAUACACUUUUAUGUCUCAAUUCACACGACCAACAAAUCAUUGUCCAACCAAUUCUUUUCUCUAGAUCUCUCAAAUUCUUGCAUUGGGAUGUCUCCCGCCAAAAGGGUGCGGAUAACUCUGCACGGAGCAGCUUCCAGAACCAUCACUCUUUUCUGGAGGCUAACGAUCAUCUGGCAUUGUCGAUUCAGCACCAAGGAUUCCCAUCUCUUGCCCAUUUACGAGUUCCUAGCGACAUCAGACCAUAUGGACUCCUCCAAUCGAUUUGUCUUCCAACAGCGGUGUCCCUCGACGCCCGCUCACGGGAUCAAGAUGGCCUGGACCACUUCCACAAAAGUCCAUAUUCGAGAUCUCUGCAGGUGGCGAGAGUACGUGCCCAAAGGAUUGCUUUGACCACAAAACUGCAGGAACGACUUCCGUCAGUAGCCAGCACCAGGCUUUUAAACUCAACUACAACACUAUGGCAAGAUGCUUUACCCCUCCCCAACCCUGAGAAGCCUCCAUCGCCGCCGCCUCGAAGUCCACUCCGACCACAACGAGCGCAUGAUAGAAACCACAAUGAUGUUGGCUCGAUCCGGGGUGAGCACACAGAAGAUCUCACACCGAUCUGCAAGUUCCAGCGUCCACGCCUCUAUCUCAAACCUGAUGUUUCAGGAAGAGACCACAAUGGCGGGUUGGUGGGCUGGGCUGAGCUUUUGGGUAUCAGAGAAAAGGGAGAAGCCUUUGCGAAGACUCCAGAUACCAUCGCCUCUCCAAGUGGCACUGCCAUGACCUCGCUUUCGGGACUCGAUCUGGAUGAUUGCUCUGAUGUGGAGAGUGAUUACAACAUUGGCACAACCUGCAGUGGCUGGUGGAACCGUCAACCAGGGAAGAGUUUUGAUUCGGAUGAUACAUCGACGGUGAGACGCAUAUUGACAUCAAGUCCUCAGAUAUAUCCGAGACUCAAGAGAAAAACAGUUCUUUCCGCCCCGAAUUCCAAAUCAUCUUCCAGAAUCGGUUUCACGUCGUCAUCGGAUGAUCGAGUUGGGGCUUCAACAAGAUUCUGGAAUCAUGUUCCAAGACCGAGAGGCGACCGUGGUGGAGAUGUGCUCGCCGUAAACUUCUUUUGAGCGUUGAGGGCAAGUGGUGAUGAG